CACCGCUAUUAAUACCCGCACCACUUUUGACCAUUGUCAAUUAAUUAAUUGUCAGCAUGAUCUAGCUAGUGGCUAGUGCUAGCUACGUGUACCAGUAGAGCAAACCUGAGCUAGCUAUAGAGAGCCGAACUUACAAUCCGCAUACUAGCUAGUAGCCUCUCGGCUCCUUCAUUCUUCCGUGCUUCCGUGUCGUUCUUAUACAGGUUCACAGUUCACAACUCCGCCAUCACCCAUCAUAACCAUCACAGAAGUAUCGAAUAUUUUGAUUUCCAAAAACAAAGUUCUUUGCCUUUGGUGGGCCGUCCUAUACAUAUCUAGCCUUUUGACCAUGGGCCGCAUCAUCAUCUUCACAAUCGACAGCUGCAGCUUUUGCCACCGCGUCAAGAAAGAGCUCCAGCACCGGUGUCUUCCCUUUGUAGAGAUUCCAGUGGAUUGCUUUCCCGAGAGAAAAGUGGACAUGUUUGAGUUGUCAGGCAAAAUGACAGUUCCUCAGAUCUUCAUGAAUACACGGUGGAUCGGCGGCUGCGAUGAGCUGAUCAAACUUUUGGAUACUUGGGACUCCGAAGGGGACUACUGGCAGAGGUAUCUCGAAGAGGUAGCAAGGCAACCAGAUCCGGUAGAUUAUCGAUUGUCGCACCCCAUGACACCAUUGGGACUUACGGAGCUCUUCCAAAGCAGUGACCAUCACCGUGAUCCAUCGGCUACGGGGGGAGACGAAUGCUUCGUUGAUGGGUGGAUACCAUUGCCUGGCAAUCCACCAACGCGUGCCACUUUUGGUGAGGUAACCAGCAUUCUGGUUCAAGAGAUGCCCCGAGAAAAGCUGGCAUACCUAGCAAAGUACUACCAGGAUUGCUUCACCGGUUGUCAAGGAGUGGAUGCCUUGAUGCAGAUCUUCCCCGCGCUGUGCCCUAGCCAAGACCCAAACAAUGCAGAGGACCGAUUGCGAGCAGUAGGAUUUGGCAACUUGCUCAUGAGAUGCGGUAUCAUGCAUCAUGUUGCAAAUCACCACCAAUAUGUGGACACCAAAGAUUACUACUACAGGUUGCAACCAUUUCACCAGCCAUAUCUACUCAACUCGUUUCUGUCGCAACAGCAAGUGUCGCUCAGCCUGACAUCCCACAUGAAGGAGAGUUCCACGUUCAGACCGGAAGAAGACACCAGUUCUUCAGGUCCAAACACAGUGCUCUCCGCUUCUGGCGCGUUAAAGCUGCUGACAAACCUUCAACGAUUGCUCUCUGACAUUGAAACUCGCGCUACGGGACGCGACGGCAUCGACUUUCUGGCGACCAAGGACUACAGCGAUCCAGCUUUCAUCCAGCUGGAAGAAGGGUCGUGUCGGCUGCAGUGCAUGGAUGGUAUCUGCUUGGCAUCUACAAUGACCGAUGCGGAGAAAACUGUGUUUGGCAUCCAUCUCUACAACACCAUGGUAAGGCAUGCUCAAAUAAAGGUCGGACUGCCAACCACAGCCUCCCAACGGAGAGCGUUUUUCACCGGCGUGAAGUACAAGGUUGCCAAUCAAAUAUUGUCUUUAGAUGAUGUUGAGCACGGAUUUCUGAGAGCCAACACGCGGCAUCCAUAUCACGUCAAACAGCAGUUUCUGGGAGACGAUGCACGACGAGCAUGGACCACGAAGAAGCUGGACCCCAGAAUUCACUUUACUUUGUGGUGUGGUGCAAAGUCCUGUCCUCAACUCAAUGAAUUCUCGGUCGAAAACUUGGAUGAGCAGCUGCAACUCGCCUCUGAAUCCUUCUGUCUGGAUGACAACAAUGUGGUGGUGGAUGAAAACACAAAUACGUUGACUUUGUCAAUGAUAUUCAAAUGGUACAAGAGCGACUUUGGCUGUGCUUCAUCUAAGGAUCUCCCAGAGGUUGUGUUGGGAUAUUUGCCAGAAGGAAGUGAAAAGCAUGCAGCACUUUCAGCCAUGAUUAUUCAGAGCAAGACACCGGGAAGCUACUCUCCGGGUCAACGACGCUUCACCAGGGGAAUGCCACGAAGCUCGUCCCCAGACAUGAGGAGCAAACCACCAGACAACCGUGAAACCUGGGGAGGAAAAAGCACCAGCCAAAGGACUGGAGAUGGUGUCAAGGUCAAGUUCAUCCCAUAUGAUUGGGCUCCUCAGGCAGCGCCAGGGAAGUUUGCCACAUUCACCCGCAGCAACUUGAAGACCACCGAGACGUCCUUGAGGGCACCUUUUUCAAAGAGAGCUAUAGCUGGCCUGACCAUGGGAGGAAUGCCGUCGAACUUCCGAAACAAGAGCGAUCGCAAGCAAUGACCAUAGAAAUCUUUUUUGCAAUGAAAACCCAGCUUAGUUGACCACACCACUGUCUAUUAAUAGAAUAAACGAUGUACUUUAGCAGAGCUGCAACAGCCCCCAAACAAAGCA